AGUAUGUUUUUAUUUUUAACCAAAUGAAGCCGUUUUUACUAGGAUUAUUUUUAUUCCAAAAUCAGUUUUCCGAAAUCCCUUAUUUUUUUCCUCUAAAAAUUUUCCCCAAAUCCCUUAUUUUUUUCCCCAAAUCAAAAUCCCCAAAUCCCUUAGAUUUUCCCUGACCGUCUGCUGCAUCGCCGUUCGGCUGAGAAAGGGGAGUUCUAGGAAAUCUGGUCGCGAUUCGGCUGAGAAGAAAGAGCCUAUGACGCCUAGUAGUGAUAGGCCUACAAGGGAAAGGAAAGUCGUAGAAAGGUAUUCAGCUCCUUCUGUUGCAAGGUCUUCCUCGUCUAAAACUCUGUCAAUUGAAAAGGGUCGUGGUACUCAGCUUAAAGAUAUUCCCAAUGGUGACAUGAUUUUUUAUUUUGAGUAAGCUGGAAACGUUAUCUUAAGAUGGAAGGAAAUGCCAAAUGCUCAAAGUUGAUUGUUUUGUAUUAUUCAGAAAAGUACUAAAGAAGAGUCAUUAUGGUUCUUUAUGGAUUAGAGUAUGCACAUACGAUAUCACAUAUCAAAGGGGCAUUGGUGGAAGCUAUGCCUAGGACCAAAUUGGAGCUCAUUUUUGCUAAUGUUAUGUGUUCCAUUAUUAAUUUAUUAGAAGAUCAUAGGAAGUCCGACAGACUUGGAUAUUUGGGCAGUUUUUCUUCUGUUAACAGUUUAGGUGCGGCAACUUGUACUAGGUGUAGUCUAGGAGGCUUGAUAUGGGAUCUACUAGAAGGACGGAGAAUGGAAGAUUACUUGCUUUUAUGGAUUGGGCCUGACAAUUCAGCUUUUUCCAAUAUUGUGCUGACAUUUAAUGGCUGUGAGAUAGGUAGACAUGUUGCCAUGUUUCCCCAGAUACUCCCAUCUUUGAAUAUAGUAAUUACUGAUGCAUUCAUUCCUGAACUUUCUGCUUGUUUGUUUUUAGUCAGAUAUGAUGCAACAGAGGAACAAUUAGUUACAAAUGUUUCACAACAGAAAAUGAUCCUUAAGCGUAGGUACGAACAAUUAGUUACAGAUGUUUCAGAUUUUGUGGUUAAUCAAAAAAAUAUUACAUUUUUGCAGUGUGAUGUUUUCAUCUACGACUCAUGUGCGCAAACUGCACUUUUGGAUGGCAAAGAGUUCUUAGCACCCGUUAUUACUCCAUUUGAAGCCAUGCUAGCUUUCAGCAGGUGA